AUGUCUUGUGAUAACGAUGUGCUUGUCCCAUCAAAAUGGACGGUUCCUUGUAAAAAUAUGCUGACGGAAGUCGAAGACAAAGAGCUAAUUGCCAUGGAUGAACUUCUUCAUUGGGUGAAUGAAACAAAUCUGACAACUGAGGAAGGAGCAAAAAUCGUUUUCAAUAAGCUUAAUGCAUACUUUUAUCUCCGUUGUUUAUUCCCAGUCCUUCCUGAUGACCCAACGAGUGUAAAGAUAUUUCAACUCAACCUGCAUUUCUUGAUACUGGGCUACAUUAUUGACGAUAAAAUUGAAAAUUACAACAAGGACGAAAUGGAUGAAUUAAUUAGUGGCUACAAGAACCUACAAAAUCAACUAUCAGAAACGUUCCCGAAAUUUUCAAGUAUACCUGAAAUGAAGCAGUCACUAUAUGUAACAUUAAGAACGAUUUCUCGAGAACAGCAGUCGCAACAAUAGUUGAUUACGUGAACAAAACUACGUUAAUAUUACUUGAAGGAGGAGACAUAGCCGAGGACCAAGUAGUCAAGUAUCGAAAACGCUUAUCGAAUGCCAUUGCUGUGUAUUUAGAUGCACUAUUGUCCAAAACAAAAACUGGAUGCGAGAUUUCGGAGAAUGAGAUGCUGUGGAGACGAUGUUUUGACGCGCUUGCACUUGGAGUGUACAUGUCGACAGAAGUGUUCAAUAAAACCCUCGUCAAGAAUCAUGUGCUACCUAUCAGCAAGUUCUACAAAUUUUACUCCCUAAGCAUCCUAUUUUGCGUGGUCAUCAACGAUCUGUAUUCGUAUGAACGAGACAAGAUGGACGAGAGUGAUAGUAUAAUAAAAGUUUGGUUUAAACGGAAAAAUGUCACAGAUAUGACAACAGCAGCAUCGAAAGUUGCCAAAAUUCUCAAUGCAAUAAUACAGCAGAUGUAUUUGUUGGUUGAAGAAGGUAAAGCGCAGUAUCCUGAGUUGUCCGAGUGGUUUGAGAGCAUUGCUUCCAUGACAGUUGGUUGGAUAUACAUUCAUAAGACGGUUGUGCCACGGUAUGUUUCCUCGCCGUCCCAAGUCACUGUGGUCGAGAUCCAAGAGAAAAUGAUUUCAAAUUGGUUACUUGAGAAAGAUGUUUACGGACAGAGCGUAGUCCGAGAGUUUUUAGAAAACUUGAAUAAUCCUCGGCAGAACUGCUGUGCAAUUGAAUAUAUUUUAGGUGAUUAG